AUGUUUAUGUGUGAAGAUGGAUUGAAGGAUGCUUGGUUCAGCAAAAAUAUGCUUUUAGAGUUUCUACUGCCCUCAAUAGAAAAAAAAUUCCAAGAAGACACGAGAAGCUGCCUAAUUACUUAUAAAAGAUAUUCAUGAGCGUGCUUUAUUUUCUUAUCAAUCCUCUCAGCUAGUUUAUUAGACUUCUAUGAUGAAAGGGUAGGGCGGGCCAAUGAUCGUGUACUUUUGAUAUCUGCAUUUUACUGAAGUACAUUUGGUCGAAAAUUAGUUGAAACUUUUAAUAAUGAGGCAUUUGACCAAAAAAGACCAUUAAAUUUAGACCACAUGUCACACUAUUUUUAAAUUUUCGGACAAAUGGACACUAUUAAAAAAUACACUAUCAUUUAACAUAGAGUCGAAAGGGUAGCAAUCUCUGCUAUUUCACUGAUUCCUUUUUUCGGACUUACACAUAUCAAUAUUCACAUCAAGCGCUUAAUUGCUGAGUUCGCUUGCAUCCAGUUUCAUCUAAGAAACAUCGAAACAAGCAAUCUCUUAGAAAAUAUUGGUGCCCUCUUCCCUUGCUUUUGCUUUACAUUCCUCUGUAUAAAACAGUGAAAAUAUACUUUAUUUUAUAGUAUCUUUGAAGCAAUUAUUGUUUUUAUCUAUACAGGGCAAAAUCUGCGAGGGAUGAUUUUCACGUCUAUUUUUUAUACAGUUAUCAGCGUUAUUUUUGAAAAUGAUUGGUCAAGCAUAAAUCUCCCCAACCCCUUCAAUGUUUAAACUGUUUAUAAUAAAUAUUGGAGAUAUUUCACCUGCGCACAUGCUUGCUAAUAUAUUUAAUAAUUUGAGAGGUGUGGACUUCAUGCUUAGCCAAAUGAUUACAGAAAUAUUUGAAUACGAUACUCUUGCACUAAAAAACGAUGUGAUGAAUUUGAAAAUAUAACAGAGAACUCUCACUCUGCAGUUUAUAUAUUAAAUAAAGAAGGCGGCAUUUCGUAUUAUAAUAAAAAGGCUUUGGCAAUAGCUGAACAGAAUGGAAAACCUGAAAAUAUGCUUAAAUAUGGAAGAUUUCAAGACAUUUUUGAUGAUGAUCGUUCAUCUUGAGCAAAUAGCUUGAUUUUAAAUGCAUAUAAAGCAGAAGGCGAAGCAAGAGACGAGGAAUCUACGAUAUUUAAAAACCUUACAGAUUUUAAUUCAACAAAUGUUCAAAAUUCUGGAUUUAUCAUAAAAACUGACAUUGUGAAAUGAUAUGAUCAAGAAAAAAUAAGAAUCACUUUUAUUGAUGUCUCUAUAUGGUUCCUUAACAGAUUUCUUCUUAUAAAGAGCUAUAAAGACCUGCAGGCUUUAGCAGAAAAACUGCUAAAUAAAUUAAUAAAAUGCUAUGAAAAAGAACAGCCUUUGAGUUCAAAGUUUUUGGCGGAAUUUAAUUUGCUUAAAAAUGAAAUGAGGGGUCUACAUUUAUUUCAAAGCUAUUGUCUGAAAAGAAUAGAAUUUAAAAGUGAUUAUCUUGACUUUUUUAUCGAAGCCCACAAUGUCAUUGAAAUGCUCUUUCAAAAAGCUUCACAAAAAAGAAUAUCAAUUUCUCUAGCACGAGCAGAUAAUUAUCCAAAAAGUUCAUUUGGGGACAAAGCAUUUUAUUCCUGCAUCUUAAAUGCCUUGAUCAAUUUUUUGAUUGAAAAAGCAGAUGAUGAUUCUGAGCUGUCAAUCUCUAUUAUCCCUAAAAUGGUCGAUGAAAAUGAAUAUUUGCUUGAGCAUUAUUUUGAAUUUACUUCACAUUCUGCGUCACUAGAAGAAUUUGAAGAAAUUUUCCAAAUUAAACAAAAUACUGCUAAAAGAAAAAGCUGGAUCGACAUGAUGAAAAUCAUGAAAGAAAAUGGGACUUGUCUAUUUAUGUUUGACCCAUUAAUCUGUUUAUUAAGGGGAUACACUGAUUACAUGGUUAACCAAGAAGAUUGCAGUUGGCUUUUCAGCUUGUAUAUUCCGUUUAAAACUUCUGGGACUGAAGUGGAUGAUAAAAAAAUCGACAUAACUCAUCAGUGCGUCUCUGAAGGUGAAAAUUACUCCAAGUGGUAUAUUUAUGAAUAA